CUUUGCGCUAAAACGUGAGACGUGAUUGCAAGCACUGUUGCGGUAGCACACGCAAAGACACCGCAUCGCUGCGCUACUACUGCGCCAGCACAAGCGCCGCACCUUAAGCCGCCGCAGCGGAGAUAAGCUUAGCCUCUCCCCACCAGCCAUUUUCAAACCCAUGGCCGCCUUAGCGCAAGCCGCGUCCUUCGGCGUCGUGGGCCUCGGCGUGAUGGGCUCCAUGCUCGCCCUGAACCUCGCCGAGAAGACCGGUGAAAAUAUAGCCGGCUUUGAAUUAGACCCGAGCAAGGCCAAGGCCGCCGAGGCCAAGGCGACCAAGGAGGGUUUGGGGAGUGCCUUCAAGGCCUACACGGAUCUGAAGGAGUUUGUGGAUGCCCUCACGACCCCUAGAAGGAUCGUGAUGCUCGUUCCCGCGGGCAAGCCCGUGGAUAGUGCACUGGCGGCUUUAGGACCACUGCUAGACCGGGGCGACUGCGUUGUGGAUGGAGGCAACGAGUGGUACGAAAAUACCGAGAGAAGAGCGGCGCAGUUCUCGUCGUUGGGACUGCAUUACGUGGGGUGCGGCGUUUCUGGCGGCGCCGAGGGCGCGCGGCACGGGCCGUCGCUCAUGGCCGGCGGGCCGCGGGAGGCCUUCGACCUCUUGGAACCGACCCUGAAAAAGAUCGCGGCGCAGGUCGACGGGCCCUGCCUGGGAUAUUUCGGCUCUGGUGGCGCGCGGUGUGGAAAUCGCUGUUUUCGGCUCAAACUCGGACAAGACCUCCGUGAGCUACACGCGACCGUAUCCAGAGAGCAGCAACUCACUCAGACCAUGAGAGACCACGAAUUGAAGGGCGCUUGAACUUUCUCACACAGGCGGCGCGGGCAACUACGUCAAGAUGGUGCACAACGGCAUCGAGUACGGCGACAUGCAGUUGAUCGGCGAGGCGUUUUUAUUACUAAAAAACACGCAGAACGGCAAGGGGUUAUCUAGAACUACCAAAGAUUGCGCUAGAAUAUUUGACAAGUACAACCGCGGCAAGCUCAAGAGUUUUUUAGUGGAGAUCACGGCCGGACUCCUGAAGAAGAGGGAUGAUCGGUCCGACGCCAUGCUCGUGGACCAGGUCCUCGAUUCGUGUGGUUCGAAGGGCACGGGCAAGUGGACGGUCCAGGAAUUUGCGGAGAAAGGCGUCGCCUGCGGCACGGUCGCGGCGGCGCUCGAGGCUCGCUACCUGUCGGCCCUGGUGGCGCAGCGAAGAAGGUUCGCUUCUAUUGCCACUGUAGGAGUGCAUGAAGAUUUAUGUCCUAGAAUUCCCGAGGCGGUGUUGGAGGACGCUUUGUUAUGUGCCAAGAUCUGCUCGUACGCGCAAGGCAUGUCUUUGAUCCGAACGACGUCCUUACAAAAAGGCUGGGCCGCCGAGCCCGAUUCCGUGUUGAGGUGCUGGCAAGGAGGAUGUAUUAUAAGAGCGGAUCUACUGAAAGAUUUUAGAAAGGCGUACGCGGACGAUCCUUCUCUUGAAAAUCUGUUGAUGCACCCUUCUAUUGUGGCUAUACUCACGAAAGAUCGCAUCCACGCCUGGCGCGCGGUGGUGGGCGUGGCCGUGCAGAGAGGUUUACCGGUGCCCGCGCUCUCGGCUUCGUUAGCUUAUUACGACUCGCUGCGCCGGCCUUAUUUGGAGAACGCCUCAUUAAUCCAAGCGCAACGCGACUGCUUCGGCGGGCACACGUACCGCAGGAGGGACGACCCCGACGGGACGCACACGACGCAGUGGCUCGCGUGAGUCGUAGGCGGCCCUUCUCCCCUUUAAGCUUGUGAGGAACCUUA